UGCCCUGCACUAGGGCGGUGACUGUAAACCCCUAACCAGUUGCAUCAGGUCACAACAAGUGUGUCAGCAAAAUGGGAGCCGAUUCGACAAAGUUUCCUGCGUGGUUUUUCACCUUUAACGUUAUUCUGCUCUGUGUGUCAGCCUCCCUUUCCUCCGCUCAAUUGACAACCGGAAGUCGAACUUGUAAUGAUGGCACCUACGAACAUAACGGGAGGAUCUGUUGUCUGUGCGGUGCUGGUCUGUACCUGGAGCAGCACUGCACCAUGAAUCUACAAGUUGGAAUAUGCAAGACCUGUGAUCCAGGGACGUACAACAGUCAGCCUAACAGCCAGAGGUCCUGUGAGCCCUGCACAUCCUGCACACAACCCAAUGCCAAUCUAGAGGUGGAUGAACGCUGCACCCCCGCCAGGGACACAAAGUGUCGAUGUAAAAAGGAUCACUAUUGCAGCAGUGGCCCAGAAACCUGUAGGAUCUGCUACCCAUGUAAAGAGUGUGGUCCCAAGGGCGUCAAAGUAGCCUGUACAGCGAGAAACGACACAGUCUGCAAUGAGAAAACUGAUGGGGGAGAUAACACAGGGAUGAUAGUCGGUAUAGUUGGCGCCGUACUUGCAGUACUCGUGCUUGGUCUUGGUCUUGCUGCAUACUGUUGGAAGAUACGUAAUGGCCGGAAGAGACAGCCGAUCACAGAAAGAGAGAUGAAUGGAAAUGCACGUGAUGUGGAGAUGCAGCCACUCGCAGUUCCAGUUUUGGAUCUCCAGCCUCACUUGCAUAAACUUGCAGAAGUGAUAGGAUGGAAGGAUAUGCACUAUGUAGCAACGCAGAGCCAUAUAACACCCGCUGUUAUUCAGUCUUGUCAGCUGGACCACAUCAGAAGUCAGGACCAGACAUACCAACUUCUGGAGAUCUGGGUGGAGAAGCAGGGCAGGAAUGCCUCAAAGAAGCUUGUCGAAAUCCUACAGAAAGGUGACAAAAAGGGCGCAGUGGACAGGGUGAUGGAAAUAUUGUCUAGAGAAAAUCCUUCAGCUUGAGUGUGUCUGUUGUGAGCACUUUUUAAAUAUCUGCAGUGCUGUCUGCUGUGUGAAUUGUUCUCCUAAAAGCAAUUGAGAUGUUUACAUUAUAGGAUCAAAGUGUAACUACUGAUAAAAGAUUCUAUGUGUUGAUUCUGACUGUACUUGAACUUUUUUAAAGCAGAAUUUAGGGUAUGAUUUUGGAGAGCUACUGUGAUCUGCAACGGUGGUCAGGGAGGAAUUACUAGUAUCUGCCCCCAUGUUAAUGAACUAAUGGUGUGAGGGGUUUUUUCCUGAAGUGUGGAGUAUAAGUGUUCAUAAUGAUUAGAUUGAAUAUUGCAUGCACUGGUUUACGCCUCUCUCCACUUGUUUUUAUAAUAAUGUUGGUCAAAAGCCAGAAAUAUGCUAUGUACUGUUUGUGCCACCAUUUGUAUAUUGUGCAAUAAACUAAUAAAUGUGUUAAUAGUAAAAGUGUCACAGGGAUUUUGAUCGUCUAAUGUUCAUAUAGCUGUUUUUUCUGUUCACGUGUCCUUCCAUAAUCUCAAACCAAAUUACAACAGUACAUCUUAACUUCUGAGAACUAUCAAACUUUUAUUGCUGUUUUGUCAGGCUUGUUGCAGAAACAGUACUCUAGUUAUUUAAUAAGUUCUAUAUUUAAAAGUUUUUGUAAGUAUCAAAAGUCUAAACUAAAAUAUAGGCCAUCUGUAUCAUAUUUAUAAGUACUUAACAAAACAGUAUGGGGUGCAGUGAUGUUACUUUGUUACAGAUUAAGAGCAUAAGUUGAAUAAUUAUUGAGUAUCCUGAAAUAAGUACCAAUAAACCCACAUUAUUUUCACAUC